UUUUUUUUUUACUUAAUAAAAAAUGCAACUUUCCCCCCUGCAGGCUUUUCUCUAAGAAAAUACUAAAAAAGGAGAGAAAACCAAAGUUUGAUAUUGCUCUCAAUGUACUGGAGCUCAUUUAUGGACAAACUCUCACUUGGUAACUUAACAAUCUUCAAGCUAUAUCUUUAAAAUGUAUCAUAAACACAAACUUGAAAUAUAUAUAUUUUUUCUAAUUCCAGGCUGGGUGUUCUGUUUGCACCUCUGCUGCCUGCAGUUCAAAUCAUAAAACUAUUUGUCCUGUUUUACAUAAAGAAAUGCAGCCUGAUGCUUAACUGUCAAGCUUCCAGGAAGCCGUGGAGGGCGACUCAGAUGACGUCCUUGUUCAUCGCACUUCUGUGGUUUCCCUCGUUUCUCGGCGCCGCCGUAUCUGUCGGGUACACAAUUGGAACGGCCAAGCCUUCAUCAACUUGCGGCCCGUUCAGGAAUCUAACCAGAAUGUUUGAGUCGGUUCAGUGGAGUAAAGACCUGGAGACUUCCAACACCUUUCUGUUUUGGCUCCGAUGGGCCUACAACUCCCUGAUAGAAAACCAGCUCUUCCUGUUCCUGAUCUCUGGAGUCCUGCUAUUUAUGAUUUAUUUUCAAACUCAAGUUGUUGAUGGACAAAGAAAAGUCAUUUGUUUGUUGGAAAAGCAGAUUGAAAAUGAGGGUACAGAUAAAACGUUCCUAAUCUCACAGCUGCAACAUCUCACCGAGCAGUGUGCUGACUGACAUCAGGGACGUGUUUGUACACCAUGGACGGUACAUGGAUGAUCGUGUGAUUCUAUUUAGCUUGAAUUUCGGCAGUACUGCUGUAGCACAAAAUGACUAAAUAUGUGAAAGUUUUCAGGUUUUUGUGAUUUUUGGUAAAAAAUAAAAAUAAACUAUUAUUUUUUUGUUUUUUAUGAAAAUGUUUGUGUAAUUUGAACCCCAUGUUUUAUCAUUUAUGGACUUCAUGGAUUUACUGAAUCAUUUUUUGUUGCCUAAGAACUAUUUAAAAAUGUAUAUUGCUUGUGGUAUUAAAAUAAAAAUAAAAAUAAAAAAUUAAAAUAA